UCCAAUAUGGCCGCGCCCAUACACAACGUGUUUGUAGGCUCAGAAAUUGGUCUGUUGAAAGGAGUCAGCGUUCAAAAAUCUCAGUGGGAAAACAUCAACUCAAUAGAAACAGCUGAAAAAGAAAAUGAAAUAAGUGCAAUUUGCUGGGGAAAUGACGACCAGACUGAAAUAUGUUUUGGGUUGAAAUGUCAAAAAGUGAAAACAUAUGACACCGACACUAAGGAGUUUUCAGAGGAAAGGGAUUUUCACGUUGACGAAGGAAGGUUGAGGGGAUUGUUAAGGAUUGAUAACAAUUUUGUAACUGCAACUAGUACAGGAGUUGUCAGACUAUGGAAAGAUGCGGAGGAUUUCACGGAAAUACAAGCAGGGAAGGAUUUGUAUUGUAUGACAAAUAAUCCUGUAACACCAAAUGUGUUGGCAACUGGAGGAAAAGAAAAUGAGCUGAAAAUAUGGAACCUUGAAGAACCUGAGAAACCGACAUUCCUGGCUAAAAAUGUUAAGAAUGAUUGGUUAAAUCUACGAGUCCCAGUUUGGGUAAUCCAAACUCGGUUCCUACCUGAGAGUGAGAAGUUGGUCACCACUACUGGUCAUCACCAAAUACGAGUUUACGACCCGAAAGCACAGCGGAGACCGGUAUUAGACUUUACAUACGAUGAAUAUCCUAUCACAGCCCUAUCUACAUGGGGCAGACAAGAUAACAAGGUGAUUGUCGGAAACACACAAGGACAAAUGGCACUGAUAGAUCUUCGCAAGGGAGCCAUGGUGCAACAAUAUAAAGGGAUUGCCGGUGGAAUCCGUUGUAUUCAAUGUCAUGAAAGUUUACCACUUAUGGCAUCAUGUGGUUUGGACAGAUUUCUUCGUAUACAUGACUUGGAAACUCGUGAACUGUUGCACAAAAUCUAUCUAAAAUCAAAAUUAAAUUGUCUUUUGUUUGGUAGGAAGUGGGAAAGAGAAGAGAAAAGGGAAACAAGGAGCAGAGGUAAAUUUUCAAAUGUAAAGGGGAUUGAAAAUCUGGAGGUGAAGGAAGAAAUGGAUGAGGAGGAUGAAAACAUGUGGGAACAGAUGAAAGUAGUUCAAACGAAGACGAAAAGGAAAGGUGAAACGCAAGAAGAAAACAUAAGUGACUUGAAAAAGAAGAAAACUCAACUGAAGCCACGUGUUGGAAAAACUGUGAAAUAGUAAAAGAGAAACAAAAAUGAUAAUGAUAAAUGUAUGAAAAUGGUUAUCUCCAUUUGAAGUCUUGUACUUGGUCAGUUAAGGAUUAAAACAAGGACAGAUUUUAAAAGAA